GCGUCUUCUCCCCUUAAAAUACCGACGACUGCACGUCGGAGCUCUCAUCAAUGGCGGAUUACAGAACCGACCCCGAAGAAGAACCGCUGUUCUUAUCCUACCCCUACGCCCUCUACUUCAUCCAGAGCCCCGCCUCCUCCGCCGCCAACCAUCCCCCCUCCCCUCCCCUCGCAUUUGCACUCUCCGGCGGCGGCGCCGGCGGCUAUUCCCCCUCCCGCGGCUCCGACGACUCCUUCCUGAAGAAGCUCUACGACGAUGGAGAUGCCAAGGUCCGCCGUGGGGAUGGUCAUGGAGACUUCGAAGAGGGCCUUAACGACGGGGAUGUGCGUGUAGAUGAUACUCACCGGAGCUUCGAAUACUCCGGCGAUGAAGACGACGGCGGCGGGGGCGGCCGGAGAAAAAGGGGGUGGAUUCAGUAUUUCUCGUUCGGGUACUCAGAUUCGGGUUGGUGGAUCCUACUGCAGCUGAGCUGGAGGUUCUUGUUCAGCUUUCUCGUCGCCGUUCUGGUUUUCUACGCCGCCGUGAAGCCGCCGCCCCCCGCCGUCUCCGUUAAGGUCGCCAGAAUACGGCAGUUCCGGGUGGCGGAGGGGGUGGACGGCCGCGGCGUCGCCACCAGCAUCCUCACGUGCAACUCCACCGUCGCCGUCGUGAUAGACAACACCAAAUCGAAGCUCUUCGAUCUCCACAUCCACACCCACCCACCCCUCUCCCUCCAAAUCCUCUUCGCCAAUCUCCCUCUCGCCGCCUCCCAUCCCCCGCCGCCGCCGCCGCCUCCCGCCGCCGCCAACGACGUUACACGCUUAAUAUUAACCGCCGGAACAAAGAACCUCGCCGUGUACGGCGCCGGCAGAGAGAUGCAGGAGCUUCUGAAUUCCGGCAAGGGCUUGCCCCUGCAAAUCAGACUGAGCUUCACGUCCAGCUUCCAUGUCGUCCGCGGGAUGAUCGACCUGAAAUUCCGACACGACGCAAGCUGUCUCGUCGUCGUCUUCGCAGACAAGUACGAUCGGAGACGAAGGACACACCGUUUUAACAGCACGUGCGUCGUCGCUCGUCGGCCAUUGUAACCACCUUCGCCGUUUAAAUUACGAACCGUACGGCGAACCGGGUUUUUUUGGCUGUAUGUUUAUUAUGACAAAGAGGUAGUACAAACGACGUCGUAAUACGGAUUCUGUACGGACUGUUAUUUUCCUCCCCUCCCUUGUGAUAAAAUUCAGCUGAGUAGCUGAGUAAUGAUUAUGAGAUUAUUAUAUGUGUAUAGAUAUUUGGUUAAUAUUUUGAAUUUAUA